AAACAAAGAAAAAGAAAAACAAAACACCAAUUGUAGGCUUCCUCAGCAAGUGCCUUGCACACCACGGAUCUUACAGCGUGAGAUGUGCGUGUAGACGCUCCUCUAUUUAAGCACACCAUCUUCCCUUCGUUCUACUUUCUUAAAAGCUUUCUUCCAAUUCUUCUUCUUCUUCUUUUUCUUUCAUCACUAGCUAUCUAGAAUUGAUUCAACCCUCUUCAAUUUCCAUCUCUUGUUAUAAUUGCUUUUUUCUUCUCUUUCGUGUGAGAUUAUUUUGCUAGCUUGAAAACGCUACUGGGUUUUGUGACAUAUUUGAAUACCUCAAACCCAUAUAUUUGAUUUCAUGGAAGAGCCUGUUGUGGUGAACAAAGGUGAAGAGCCUCUGGAUUUGCCUCCAGGUUUCAGGUUCCACCCCACUGAUGAGGAGAUAAUCACUUAUUAUCUCACUGAAAAGGUGAAGAAUAGUAGUUUCAGUGCAACUGCUAUUGGAGAGGCUGAUUUGAACAAGUGUGAACCUUGGGAUUUGCCAAAGAAAGCCAAGAUGGGGGAGAAAGAGUGGUACUUCUUCUGUCAAAAGGAUAGGAAGUAUCCAACAGGUAUGAGAACGAAUCGAGCAACAGAAUCUGGGUACUGGAAGGCCACGGGAAAAGAUAAGGAAAUUUACAAAGGGAAAGGGAACCUUGUUGGGAUGAAGAAGACCCUUGUGUUCUAUAGAGGGAGAGCUCCAAAGGGAGAGAAGACUAAUUGGGUCAUGCAUGAAUUCAGAUUGGAAGGCAAAUUCGCAAUUUACAACCUUCCUAAGGCAGCAAAGGAUGAAUGGGUUGUCUCAAGGGUUUUUCACAAGAACACAGAUGUUAAGAAGACCUCAAUUCCUGGCCUUUUGAGAAUUAACUCUAUAGGGGAUAAUGAUCUUCUUGAUUAUUCUUCACUCCCACCUCUCAUGGAUCCUCCUUAUGCUAACACCAACAACAAGUUUGCAGGUUACAGUGACCAAGACUUUAAGGGUUCAACAAACCCACUUUCAUCAACUAAAUCACAAUCAGAGGGCUAUUAUCUUCCCAGCUUCUCCAUCAACAAUCAACACCAGCUUCUGAUCAAGCCAGAAGACCACAGAACCUAUGAGAUUCCCACAAUUAACUACUCCAACCAAGCCAAUCUCGGCAACCCAAUGGACAAUAACACACUCUCACCCUCUCAAAUUCGUAGUACCCAAAACCCAAGCUCCCCCUUGAACAUGUUCUCUGAUUACUACAUGCACCAAAACAGGAUGAAAAAUUCACUCAUGCCAAGUGUUGCAGGCUCAGGUUUUGGGAGCAAUAGUAACCAUGAUCAAGCUAUUCUAAGAGCAUUUGCAGCAAAGAAUAACGAGUACUACAUAGGUGGAUUGGACAAUCAGUGCAAGAUGGAACAGUUCUCUUCUAACCACUCACAAGACACAGGCUUAAGCAACGACAGAAACACUGACACAUCCUCGGUGGUUUCAAAGCAAGACAACAUGGGAAGAAAUAGGGCAUUGUACGAGGAUCUUGAAGGUCCUUCAUCAGUUGCACCUCUCUCAGAUUUGGAAUGCCUGCAGUGGGAUGAUUACUGAAGUGUGAUGAUCAUAGAGAGAAUUGAAAGCAAGUUUGCCGAUCCAUGGUUUUUUUAUUUUGGGAUCAUAAGCAUCAUACAUAGUAAUUAUUACAUACCUUGGUUUUUUCUUUUUGGGUUUUUCGUUGGUUUUUAAACAGUCUUCUACAUACUGAUUUUAUCAUUAUAAAUAUGAUACACAUUUUUAGACAUCACAGGGAAGUUCUUGGGUACACAUACACUGUAUAGAUUUAUGAUAUCCAGGAUUUUCAGUAUUAGUUUUUUCUUUUCUUCAUAGGUUAUAUCGAAGGGGGGAAGGACCUGGUGAAUCAUGUACAUCUAUAUUCUUUUGUUAUAUUAGUGGGUUUGUUUUAUUCUUUUUCUUUGAAUUUUUCUAGUUGCUUUAUUCCAAGUUCGACUCGUCGCUUCUGUAUACAAAUCAGAAUUUUCUCUGUAUUAAUUAAAUCUUGUUGAAUCCUUCAGAUCAGUGUUUUUUGUUUAUUUGCUCUUGUAGACAUUGCGAACCAAAAAUAUUCACUCUAUAUUUGGCACUCGUUAUAAGCC